GCUAGCGGUGCAUUUUGGGCAAUUUCCCAAAGCAGGCAAGGUGGAAUAUAAACAAUGAAGAAUUUACAAUUCGUGUUUCGGCUGAAUUUCGACCUAGAAAUAAUUUAGUUUUCUUUGCAAACCAUUAUAAAGUUUUCAACAAACACUAUUCUGAAGAAAUGAAUUGCGAGUGAAAAGUGUAUUUGAGGGAGGCAUAAGGAAAUUAUGGGUAGAUUGUCCGCUGCCGUAAAGUACGCAACCAUGCCAGUUUAUGACGCACUGUACGAGCGCCUAUCAAAGGUGGGCCAGGAGCAUUUACUUAAGUUCUGGGAGGAGUUGACACUCGAUCAGCAGGAGCUUUUAGUGCGUGACAUUGAGGAACUCAAUCUUAACGAAUUGAAACUCUAUUUUGAUCGUGCAACUGAGUCAUUGCAAGAGAAUGGCAUUAAACUGGACGAUCGUAUGCAACCAAUACCAGAAUCGAAGUUGGUCAGCAUUGAGCGUACGGCGGAAGAGCGUCUCAAGGCUUACGAAGAAGAGGGAAUGCGACAAAUUAGCGCUGGACAUGUAGCUGUGCUGCUGAUGGCUGGCGGACAAGGCACCCGUUUGGGUUUCGCUCAUCCCAAAGGCAUGUACGACGUGGGUUUGCCAUCGAAAAAGUCACUAUUUCGUUUACAAGCCGAACGCAUACAAAAACUUGAAGAAUUAGCUUAUGCUGCUACAGGACGUCGUGGUGUUAUUACAUGGUACAUCAUGACUUCGGAACACACCAUUCAACCGACAUACGAGUACUUUAUGGCCAACAAUUAUUUUGGUUUGAAGAAGGAGAACAUCAUACUCUUCGAACAGGGUUCAUUGCCAUGCUUCGAUUAUGAUGGACGCAUUAUAUUGGACGAAAAGCAUCGUGUANUUGGCUCUUGCAAUGCUCCUCUGCUAAGGCAUUCCGCACAUGACGCCCUAAACAGAGUAGUGUAA